AUGUCCGACCAACAGAGGAGCCCCAAGCGGUCUCCUUCUGCUACUAUACGUACACUCUUUUCGCAUUCGACAACUAACGAUUCAAGGGGGGCUUCAGCUACCACGAGCGAGACGACUCCCGCUGCCGCCGCCGCGGGAGCUUCUCACGAAAUGACCGGUCAACCCCGGCCUGAGGGGGCGGGAAGAGGAGGUAUGGAGCACGGAAGGGAGCGUUCCAGUCCGUCCAUGUCCUCCUCGCAGGGAGAGAUGGCGGACACCGAGAUGGAGGCGGGGCCGAGCCACUCGUCCGAGGGCGCGCAGCCCGCGCCUGCCCCGCCAAAGAAGAAACGCACAAGGACGCUCACCACACCCCACCAAUCUGCAGUGCUGCACGCUCUCUUGGCGCAGUCGCGAUUCCCCACCACGGCGAUGCGCGAAGAGGUCGGCCGCGCAAUCGGUCUCAGCGCCCGCAAAGUGCAGAUCUGGUUCCAGGCAAGUCCACCUAACCAGCGCCAAAAGGCAAGGCGUCCCCGAGGACAGACGAGCGCACCCCUCACGCGCCCACCGCAAUUCGGGCCUUUCACAAAUGCGCCUCCGGCUGCGAGCGCGUCCGACGCAGGCGCCAUUGCAGGGCCAUCCGGGAGCUCAUCUCAAGCGCCGCUCAUGCACUUUGCAGUGGCCCCCCUCGGGGACCUGCCCGGGCGGGGCGGGCCAUCCACUGCGGGCUCGGCGCGUCCAAGCCAUCAUGAGGCACCUGUGCCUCAGAGCCACUCGAGCUCGGCGGCUUCGACGCAUUUGUCAGGCCCCGGGAUCCCUGGGCCCAGCAGGCUUCUGACGCAAUACAGCUUGCCGAGAGAAGCGGGCGACGCUGCUCGUUCUCACGAGCGAUCGGGUUCUUUCGAGCGGUAUCAUCACGCCCUCCGACCCGCUGAGCCCUUCUCACCGUCCCAAGCUGCUACGUCGGCGGAGGAGGCGUGGCGCGCCGCCCGCGUGCCUCCGCCGCCGCCGCCGCCGCCGUCGUCGUCGUCGCGACACGCGCGACCGUUCUCGGAGGACUUGAGGAUGCAGCAGAGGGAGUACACAUUCGCGCUGCCGCCGCUCGUGCUCGGACCUGAACGAGACUCCGCGCAUGUGCCACAAGCCAGCAACCGCCAGGGCGCUUCUUUCCGCCCCUUCCAGCCGGUUCAGCCUCCGCCAUCAGCAGCCGAUCAUCCUCACUCUCGUCGGUGGCGCACGCCGGAACCAGAACCAUCCUCCUCGUCCUCGUCGUCUGCACGCCAUGCUGCCCUGCACAUCCCUCCGCCGUUCACGCUGCAGCCUCGUCCGCAGUGGGACGACCCUGCGUUUUCGCCGUUUUCGCGUCCUCGCGCGUCCUCCGCUUCGGCUCCGGGCAGCCACUACGCUUUUGGAUUCGGACAGGCCGCUGCGCUCAUGAGCAAUAUCUCGUCGGAGCCCAACACGGGUCUUCCGCCAAUCCUCAACCCGUCCCGCUCGCCUCGCGUGGCCGGCAGUCCUCCCUUUAUUCCCAUCUCAGAGUCUCCUCGGGGCCGUCCCGGCCAGCCACACCCCUCUGCCUCCGGGAUAGUGUCUUCUCCGACCAGUCCGAGACGUUCAGCGCGCUCCUUCAACGACGAUUACACGAAUGACCAAUACGCAAGCCGCUGA